GUACAUACUGUGCCAACCGCGCGCGUGCCAUCGGCGGAGCGUAACAGCUCUUUGGAAACGAGCUUGACAAGCUGAGGCGCACAAGUAAUUAUAUGCGCAACAAUUGAGCGUACCAAAUUACUGAUGUAUUUAAUGCUACGCUAACAACAGAGACGUUGCGUGACGCGGACACGGGACAGUCUUGCUGCCACUUUCAGUCUUCUUCUGCGUUCGCAAUGAGCUUCAUGCAAUAAUGGAAUGAUAGCUGUUUUGCAUGCUGGAGCUUCCAGCCAGAGCUUGGGCUCUUUCUAGGGUUCCGCCUCGCCUUCCGGCGACGCAGCUGAAUUCAUAAGCAAUACGCAAGGCUAAUAACUGUCAUUCCAGCGAGCCCCAGCUCGCCGCUAGUGGUGUCUCGGGCUCGGGCCAGUGCCACCCUGCCCUCACGCUGCGGCCCGCCUGAGCACCCGGCACGGCCACCCUACCUUCCACCUCCCACCUCCUCCUCAUACCAUCAUACCGUCAGACUGGAACACAGCCCAGCCUGAGCGCAGCCCGCCAUGCAAGCCACGGCUCUGGCGGUGGCGCCGGACUGGGUGGUGGGCAACGUGCUGCAGCAGCUGCAGCGGCUGAGCGCAACCCAGACGCUGCCCUUCAGCCAGCCCUUCGCCGACUAUGCGGCCGGACUGCAGCGGGCGCGGGAGCUGGAGGUUCGGCUGCUGCAGCUGGACAAGGAGGCGGCCGAACUGAGGGACGAAAACGCCGCCCUGCACAGGCGGCUGUCCGCCGCAGACGAGGCCGCCGCCGCCUCUCUGGCCGCCGCGCUGGAGGGCGCGCGGGCGGGUCUGGUGCGGGCUGAGGGGCAGCUGGCGGGUCUGUACCGAGACAAGGCGGCCCUGCUGGAGGAGGUUGUGGGCUCCAACGCGGAACUGGCCACCACCCGCAGCGCCCUGUCCUCCGCAUCCACCGAGCUGGCACAGGCCCGCGCCGAGAUCGCCGCCCUUCGCGAGCAGGCCGCCUCCCUGGCUGCCUCCCUGGAGGCGGAGCGGGCGGCGCGGGUGGCGGCGGCGGCGGAGGCGGAGGCGGCGCUGGCCACUCGCGACGCGGCGCUGACGGAUUCGGAGCGGCUGCGGGCGGAGAACGGGGUGCUGGUGCGGAGGCUGGUGGAGAUAAAGGAGAGCGAGGCGGGGCGCAUGAAUGAACUCAACCGCAUGCAUGAAGAGCUGCUGGAGAAUGCGGUGCGGAUGAAGCGGGAGGCGGAGAUGGACCGACAGGCGACGGACCUCAUUCGGCAGAAGGCGGUGGCGGCGGCACUGGCGGGCGCGGCGGCGGCAAGUGCCAUGGCGGCGUCAACUGCGGGUGGCGGCGGCGGCGGCGGCGGCCCUGGCGGCGGCGCACACCCACACGGCGGCGCCGCCGGCAGCACUGCAUCAGUCAUGAUCAGUCCCAGCGCGCCGCCGCCGCCACUGGCGCAACCACUGGCGUCGGCGGCGUCGCUUGCACCGGCAGGCCCUGGCGGCGGCGCCGGCGGCGGCGGCGGCGGCGGUGGUGGCGGCGGCGGUGACGACGCCAGUGGGGAGUGGGUUACGCCAGUGGUGCCGCCGCCAGCGGCAGCAACAGGCCCUUCAACCACCGCGACGCCGUCAACCGCAACCGCAACCGCAACCGCCGCCGCAACCGCCGCCGCCAGCUCGGUCUUGGGCGUCAUCCCCACCAGCCUGCGGGAGGUGAUGGGCCUGGGCGGGCGGCCCGGCAGCGGCGGGGCGGGCGGGGCGGGUGGCGGCGGGCUAGGGUUCGUGCCGCACGCGCACACGCCGUACGACAACGACCCCUCGCUCACCCCUCCCGAGCACCGCUUCCCCUCCCGGCUGCCGGUGCGGGUGGUGCCCAACGGCCACAAGGGCGGCUGUGCCAGCCUGGCACCGCAGGUACCCGGCCACUUUGUGGCCUCCUGCGGCGCCGACCGCGCAGUGGCGCUGUGGGACAUUUCGCUGCUGGUGGGCCCGGGUUCAAUUCCCGGCGGGGGCGCCGGCGCCUCCACCUGCCCGGCGGUGCUGCUGCAUGGCAUGACGGGCGGCGUGAACGACUGCGCCUUCACAUGCGACGCGGCGCAGGUCCUGGCCGCGGGCGCGGACCGCUCCCUGCACCUGUGGGACGCCACGGCCGGCCGCCCCCGCCACACGCUGACGGGGCACGGCGGCCCCGUGACAGCUGUGGCGCCCAGCCCCAUGGACUGCCGCCUGGCGGUCAGCAUCAGCGAAAGCAGCGGCGCGGAAGCGGCGCGGCGGCCCUACUGGGCGGCGGGGCUGGACGGAAGCGGCGAGAUCCUGGGGUCGGGCGACACGGGUGUGGACCUGGACAACUGCUACCUGUCCGACCCCCGAUACGACUCGGGCGCAGUGGCGGGGCAGCUGGCGGCUGUGACCACACAGUUUCUCUUCUCACAGGGCGGCGGCUACUACGCACGCCCCGGCGACCGCGUGUGGCGGCCCUCCGACCACCGCAAGCUGGUGCAGUACUACCUGCCCGCGGACUGCGUCUACGGCGACAACCCGGCGCAGGGCACCGCCGGGCACGGCACCCACACCGCGGGCUCCAUGGUUGGCGCCCUGCUGGCGCUGCAGCUGGCGCCCGGCUACAACGGCUCCGUGCUGGGCGGCGCGGCGGGCGACGCGGCGGCCUACGGACCCACGGGGCUGGACGCGGGCAGCGGCGCCGCGCCGCGGGCCAAGCUGAGUUUUGUGGACAUCAGCCUCACGGCCGCCGCCGCAGGCGGCCUGCAGGGUGCGCUGGGGCCGCCGGAGCCGGUGGAUGACGUGUACCUGCGGCUCCACUAUGACGCCGGGGCCCGCAUCACCUCGGACAGCUGGGGCGCAGUCGCGAACAUCUAUGACGACUUCGCGCAGGCCUACGACGCCUUCCUGUGGCGCAAUCCCGACUCCAUCGCCUUCAUCGCCGCCGGCAACAACGGCUCUGACGCGCUGACCCCGGGCGGCAGCAUUGGUGCGCCCGCCACCGCCAAGAACCCCGUGGCCGUGGGUGCGACCUGGCGGGUGCCAGCGGAGCUGGGGUUGGGGGCGCGGCUGCUGCAGGUCCGCGGGUACAACCCCGCCGCCGACCUGGACGCCUCCACAUCCACGGAGCUGUUCAGGCUGGCGCUGUACCCGGAGGAGAACCCCGACUUGCCGCAGCUGCUCCGGGUCAUACCGGCGGACUCGGAGGUUCCCCUUGUGGUGGCCGACCCGCCCGACGCCUGCACGCCGCUGACCAACCCGGCGGCCGAGGUCAGGGGGGCGGUGGUGCUGGCGGUGCGCGGCGAGUGCUGGUUCUACCAGAAGGUCUUAAAUGUGCGGGCGGCGGGCGGCGGCGCGAUCAUUUUUGUGAACAAUGUGCCGGAAAUGAUGGACAGCCCGCCCUACCCGAUCUACCCCAACUCGAACUCCUAUGCCGCGAACAUGGCGACCAGCGUCAUCAGUCAGGGACUGGGUCAGUGGCUCCUUGGCAACGCCAGCGCCGGCGUCUUGAUGACCCUGGCAAACAUCGUGGAGGCCGCGGGGCCCGACACCGUGGCUUACUUCUCCAGCUACGGGCCCAUGGCGGACGGCCGCAUCAAGCCCGAUGUGGUGGCGCCCGGGCUGUACAUCACCAGUGCAGGCGCCAGGGGCGGCAUCACGGGCGGCGCUUGCUCACCCGCCCAGGCCAACCUGAGCGGCACGUCCAUGGCCACCCCGCACGCCGCCGGCCACACGGCGCUGGUGCGUCAGUACCUGCGCACCGGCUUCUACCCCACCGGCUCCCCGGCGGACGCCGCCGCCGCGCCCUUCACCCCCAGCGGCAUGCUGCUCAAGGCUGCCAUAAUUGCUGGCGCCAAGAGCCUCAUGGGUGGCCUGGCUAUGGCCCUUGGCAUUCCCAUGGGCCCCCCGCCCGACGCCUACCAGGGCUGGGGCCGCCUCAGCCUGCCGGACACGUUGCCGCUGCCCGGCCUCACGCCCGCCGGCUUCUCGCUCCAGGUGGCGGACCGCGGCCAGUUCACCGCCAGCGGCCAGCAGGCGGCGCUCACAGGGAUCACGGCCACGGGCAAGGGGCCCAUCUCCAUUGUGCUGACCUGGUACGACUACCCGGCUGACGUCAACUCGGCGGCCCAGCUGGUCAACGACCUGGAUUUGACCGUGGGCCUGGGCGGGGGCCGCGACGGCAGCCCGCCACAAAGCCUGAUGGGCAACAACCCCGAGGGAGCGCUGCUGCCCGCCCCCGAUCGCCUGAACACGGUUGAACGUGUGUACAUCACCUCCCCGUCGCCUGGCGCCGCCCUCACCAUCACCGUGACGGCGCACUCUCUGCCCUCGCGCCUGCUGUCGGGUCCGGACGCGCUGUUGCCCCAGCGCUGGGCGGUGGCGGUGGUGGGGCACUUCAGCGGAACACUGGCGUCCGAGCUCAACCCCGCCUACGUGCGCCAGGGGCAGCUCGGCACCCGCGACACCAGCGGCGGCGGCGGCGGCGGCAUGCAGCAGGCUAGCUCCCCUCCUCCCUCGCCGGCACCACCGUCCCCCAGGCCUCCGGCACCCCCUCAGCCGUCGCCAACGCCUCCUCUUUUGCCACCGCCGCCCUCUCCGCCUCCGCCCUCUCCGCCUCCACCAUCGCCACCUGCACCGCCCUCCCCCUCCCCUACCUCCCCACGACCGGCCUCCCAACCUCCCUCGCCGGCUCCGCCGCGCCGCUCGCCACCGCGUCCGCCGCCCAAGAGGACGCGCUCGCCGCCGCCGUCCCGCACGCGGCCACCAGCACCCCGCAAGAAGCGCGGCUCCAUCCAAGUCCUCUGAUGCCACGGCCCCGCCCCUUCCCACAAACCUGCAUGCCAGGUGAAGCAGGGGGGCCACGCAUCCAAAACAUACAGCGUGUGGCGACAGCGGUGCACCACAAGUGCGCAUGAGGUGUUGCCUAAGUCCAGUUGCUGCUGCAGCUCACAGGCUGCAUACUGCUGUGAAUCAGCAGGCGCAAUGAAUCGGUAUCACAGGCGAUGGCGUCUGAAUAAUGGCUUCGUCGGCAUCACAGCAGCAGAUGCAGCUGGUGCCAGAAGUCCGACACGUGCAGCUCGUAGGCUGCAUGCUGCUUUCAAGAACUUCGGUGCGCGUCCUUGCGUGUGUAGAUCUAGAUGGCGAUGCCGGCUCGCCGUAGCUAGAUGCAUUAGGGCGUGGACUGGCGUGACCUAAUGUACAUAUGAGAGAACUGACAGCGAUGUUACAUGGGUGCAGCAGCAGCUGACAUGGUGUGCUUGUAGCAUGUGUUGGUGUGUAUCAUGUAUUACGACAAGUGGGUUGUGUGCAGGUGUGCAGGGUCACUGCUGCAUUCCUUCUCGCAUGUCUUUGAAACAUUGUCGUGCACCAAGCCAUGUUGGUAGCCCCUGGUGAUUGUGUAGGGGAGCAUGCCUGCUGCGUGUGUGCAGUGCCCACACGGGACACAAUCUUACUUGGCGUGCCCUGCCAGGCCCUGCCUUGUCCUUUGGCACGUGGCUUGGUAUUCCGCACCGACAUGUCCGCAUUUGCAUGACGUAUGGCAACGACUUCGGAGAAAGGAAUUGCAAGAACACGUAAUGGCCUAAGAACACUGCUGUUGGUGUGAUACGAGAGUGUGCAUACCGUAUGGUAGAUUGUGGACGGGACCCAAUUGACGGGACGAAUCGGACUGUGUCAUGGAGUGAAUCGCGGCCCUGGCGGGCUGAGCACAACUGGAUGCUGGAGCGUGAUUGGAGCAGCAGUUAAGCGGGUCAGGUGAAUGAAUGCGUGUUCGACGGUGAGCGCCAGUUUACAAUGAAGGCUUGACCUGACCCUACAUUGCAGAUUUGUACUCACUUGACAGUCGUCAUUUGAUUAUGGUAGCUAGCUUGGUAGCCUCAUAGCCUGAAUAGGCAA